UCUUGCUGUACGAGUUUCAGGCCCGGGUUUCAGGAUACGGAGUUGUCCACCAUCGGUGCUCGCUUGUCUUCAAGUUUAGAUCGGCAGUGCGUUACGCACAAAGGCUCAUAUCAGGAUCAGGAGCGGCCGUACUUGAGGUACAAAGGCGCAUACAAACAGUGCGUGAGUUGCUUUCCAUUACUCUCUUGUUAUCGGAUAUUGCCUCGACAGACGAACUUAAAUUGCCAAGUUCUUGACAAAAUGAGUUCAAAAGACUCGAAAGGUUCUUCAGACCCGUUGUCCACCAAGACGAAAAAGAAGGACAAGACAAAGAAAGAGAGCAAAAAAGAGGAGAAAGAGAAAAGCAAGAAGGAGAAGAAAGAGAAAAGCAAAAAAAGGGACUCGAAAGAUCUGGACAGCCACGUUGCCAAUGAUACUAACGUUGCUGAGAUUGAAGUAGGUGGUCAGGAAGAUUCUGCCUCGCCAAAAACGAAAAAGAAGUUUGGAAUUUUUAGAGUCAGUGGAAGAAAAUCUAAAAGCGACAAAAGAAGCUCGAAGCACGGCUCCUCUGACAGCUUGAAGAGGCGAAGCGUUGAUUCAGCUGAUUUUGAGAGCGUUGGAAGCGAAAUGUCGCUGGAGGAGUCGACAGGGAGUGCCGAAAUGUCAACGACAAUUACUGAAGUGUCAUCGAUAGGUGCUGAAGUAUCAAAAACAAUAACCGAAGUGCCAACGGCAAGUACCCAAGAGUUAUCGACAAGUGUCGAAGUGGUAGAGGAAGGCAACGAGAUAGUUGAACCUCAAAGUAAUGGCGAAGUGAGCAACGAAAUUGAGGGACAAGAAGCUCUAGUGGAGGAAACGUCUUCAGAAGUAAAGGUUGUCAAUGCAGUUCUCCAAGAUGUGCCGCAAAAUGAAGAAAUCGAAAAACCACUAAACCAAGACACGAAAUUGGCAACAGAUACCUUGAAGGUGGAAUCAGUGAGCUCCCAGGACCAAAGUCCUGUAUCGUCAGAAGUGGAAACGUUCCAUUUCAAACUGCAAUCAGCCGUCAUUUCCAUUAAAGACAAUCAGAACGUAGAGGGAAAUGCAGAACAAAAUAGCAGAACAGACGAAAGCAGGGCAGAAAGUGUACAAAUGGUGAUUGAAGAAGAUACCUCCACUUACCCAAAGAAGAAUUUUGCAGUAGCACCAGAAGUCUCUUUGGAAAAUAUCAAAUCAGAACGUGAUCGAGAAAUCACAAGCUCUGAAGAAAGUCUUGAUGCCGUGGUUUCCACAGAAGCUCUCAACACUAGGAGUGUGGGUGAAAUGAGCGGAGCUGUAGAGAUUGGAAUGCGCAGCAUCAUUGGCGUGGAGGAACCAGUCAUAUCCACAUACCAGGAGAGGAAAGGUCCGUCGCACGAUGCUGCCCAAGAGUUGCCUCCAAUAGACGAAGAUGGGAUAAUUUUAACGUAUGAGAACAAGACGCAAAACGAAAUCAGUGAGGAACAGCAUGUGCAAGAAGAACCUAUCGCGCUGUCCUCCAAAGAAAAAAGAGAGGACCUGCUAUUGAGCGAGAUCACAUUGCGAGAAGAAACAGUGACUGAGACAGAACCUCAGCUUUUGAUAAAGAAUGAGGACAAGAUGAAAACAGAUGAAGUACAUGGAGAAGCACAAGUGGAAGAGCCUUCCGAAGCACAGAUGGAAGAACCUUUCGAAGAACAAAUGGGAGAGCUGUCUGAAGAGGAGCCACUGAUACCCACAUACGUUCAGAAUAAACGAGACAACACGGAAGACGAAGAAGAGGGACGAGGAGAACAGGGAGAAGUACAGGAAGCUUCAGUGAAUGAAGAGGCGAUGGUUUUCAGUUAUCCCGGCAAGGAUGAAGAUCAGAUACAAAAUGAAGGUCAAGAUGGCCCUAAAAUGGAUGAGGAAGAGCCGGUGGUGCUGGAGAUUGAUGAGAACAAAGAAAAUCAAAUCCAAGAACAAAUACAAGAAUUUCUGAAACUGGAUGCUAGCAUCGACGAAAAUUCGGCACAAAAAAGCGAGGCUGUCAAGAAAGAUUACGAGGUAGAUGGCAUCUCUACUCGUGUUACACCAAAAGAAAACGAAUUGCCUAAAACCAAAAAAAUUAUCAACGAACACUCAGAGAAAUUCAGGGAUGAAUCGUCUCCCUUUGACAAGAAGAGCACCUUUAGCACAAGCACUCCAAAGAAGGAACCAGUCGACAGCGAGCAAGGCGCGCGAGACGAUGCUGAAAAUAUAAAGCAAAAGACAACCCCACUUGUCAGUUACAACGUCACACGCUUCAAACAGGAAUCAGUGCUGCAGUUUCACUUUAAAGUUCAAAUGGUCAACAACAUCAAGGAUGUAAAGUUAUCUACCAAAGUAUUGAUGGCUCAGUUGGCAGAAAUAAACAAAAAGCUUCGCGUGCUGCAGAAGGAACUACUUGCAGUUCAGAAAUGUGAUGGUGAUAAAAACCCAACGAAAAGCACUCAGAUGGUGUCAGUUGAGACAUGAAUUUGGACUAAAACACCCGAACAUGUCAGGUACAUUUGCCAACACUUAUAACGGGGUCUGAACUGUUAAUAACUACAAAGUGGAGCAGAUAUAGUGUUUUGGACACUGCUUCAUUAACUAAGAGAGGAUUAAGCCUGAGAGAGUUAGUCCCUAUAACUAUAGUAUUUAUUUCCAAGUUUUAUCCUCUCUCGUGUUACUUUACGAUCAUUUCCCGUUUUGAAGUUGUAGGAGGGUCGAGAAAUAGCCAGUCCUGUAAUGUGGACAGCCUAAGCAGCUUUACAAGUAUUUUCAUCCUCCGUGAGAACAUCUAUGCAACGUGUUUAGAGAACAGGAUACCAUACCCAAAAGUAACUUGAGAGAGAUUACCUUGAUAAUAAGGACAUUUGGGGGAUUAACUCUCUUACCCUUCAUCCUCACUUGAUAAGACAUAAUAUUUAGUUGUUUUGCUUGGAAAAGUUUAAAUUUCUCAUGAGCAGAGGAUGGUCCAUUGGCAGGUUUAGUCUCGCGACCUUGCACGUAUGAAGAGUUAUGCUUAGCCUGCUAAUUAGGGGGAUUGACCAUGUCGAGAGUUCCAGUUGAUGUUGGAGUUUGAGUUUGGGUCGUGGUACUAGUUUUACCCUGAAUGGGUAGCUUAAUUUAAAGGCAACUACCGGUUAACCUACGUAGAAUGGUUAGCUUUCAUUUUUAGGCGAAAAUAACACCAGAUAUAGAUGCUUUUAGUAGUUUUCUUCCAGUGUGCUGUAAUUGCGAAUGCCGCAAUUUGAUUGGCGGUGCUGUAAUUAGUGUGGUCUGAAAAAUGGCGAUGUCUUCUCUUUAUUCCAAAGUUUCAGAGGAAAAUAUAUUAUUAGAUAAUUCAAUUCCCGAAGACUAAAAGAAGGACAUUUAAGGACAUGCGACUUCAAAUUCUCAAAAUUCUUGAAAGAAUUGAUGACAUCGCGUACAUAGCGAAAAAGUUUCAAAUAAUGAUAAUUCAGUCCGGUGAGAUUUUGUUAAGCCUUGAAGUAUAAUACUCCUUAGUAAUGUAGCUUAAUUUAAAGGCAAAAAAAUAUAUUGCUAGGAUCCUGCUUAAACAAUUAGACUUGCCGUUCUCGAUUUCUAUGAGGAGAUAGUUGGUCGGCUUUCGGCCUCAAUGUAACAUCUAUUGCUUCACACAAAUUUCAAGCUCACAAUCUAAUUGUUAAAUACUACACGAAAUAUGAGAAUUAAGUUUUAAAAUUUUGUUGUUAUAUAGCUACCAAGGCCACGCUAUCUAACUCAAGUCCCAUCCACACUUGAAAACGGCGGUUUUACUAGCUCUGAAAACGCAUCAAAUUCCGUCCGCACAAGAAAUUUUGAUAACGCAACAAUCACAGGUCAUUUUUGAUUCGUGUUUGAGGCAAACUCGGGCAGGGAAAUCACCUGAUUAUCGUGAUGUCAUCAUUUUCGAAAAGAUUCGUUUUCAAAAUCUUUUCCAUGCACACUAAAACGCGAAGCCAGCGUUUUCAAAUUCCUCCGGUUUGAUGAACGUUUUUCGAAAAGUUCCAUUUUCGUACCGGAUUAUUUUGGAGGGUAGGACUAACCGUAGAAAUUAAGCGGCGUUUUCAAAUUUCUCCGGCGAAGUGUGGAAAGGGCCUGUAGGUAGGUAUGCAUGAGCAAAGUAACCUACACUUUGCCAGAGAAAUAUAUUGCCAUUGGCAAUGUUAUGAAACAACUGAUUCAUUUUCUUUGUUGUGCAUCAUCAACUUAUGAUGCAAUUAAUGUUUUUUUUUAUAGGGUAAGGUGAGUUUGGAGAGCACUGAAGAAGCCAGAGUACUCUCUUACCCUUCUUUCCUACACUCCAAAUUUUCCGCGUGCGUCAGAACUCGAUGAUGUACUCUAAAGUAUGAAUCAAUAGACCGUUUUCGAUAUAUUAAACUUCAGCUUGACAGUGAGGCUUGGAGGACACAAACAAAAGAAAUUGAAUGACUAUGUUUAUUCAUUUCUUUUGUUUGUGUCCUCUAGGCCUCACUACAAAGCUGAAUUUUAAUAUAUCGAUAGUGAUCUAUUGUUAAUUCCAUGUUGGUCUAAAAUGCUCGUUUAACCAGGUCGCACUAUUCAGGACAAACCGGCUAUCUGAUCUCGACCAAUCUUGUGAAAAGAAAAACAAAACAAAAACAACAACAACAAAAACAAGACUUGCCGAACUGGUUUCCUGACUUUUCCCGCGGAUUUCCCUACUUGUCAUGGAAUACUGCGCUGAAUUCCAGGUGGCUAAUUACCGUAUUUUGGCGGCUUCUAAUUAAUCAUAGUGACUGGACUGAUAGGUGUAUUUCAUGCCUAGAGACAGUCUAAAAGUUUGUUUUCCUCCUUUUAUUACACAAGAAAAACUAAUUGUAACUUAAGACAAGGUUGAACAUUUUGUAUAGUAAGUUGUUAUAGUCACAGUUGUGUAAAAAGUAAGCCGUAGAAAUUAGAAUACUUGGUUACUAAGGUCAAUGGCAGUUUUAUGCAAAGUAAAUAAAACAUUUCCCAAAACAAAUACUCGAGGAGAUGUCUAUGUCAAGAA